AUGUUUACGCCGGCAGCGAAACGCCGACGUGUCGACGCGGCAAACGAGACGCUCCGGAAACCUUUUAGGUCGCCCCUGGUGCGGGACCGAGACCCAGGCCCAGGCCCGGAUCGGAACCGGGAGGGCAUCACCGCGGCGGCGGUAGCGUCAUCGCCAUCUGCGAGGGUGACCACCGGCGUGAAGACGGGAGGAGUAAGCGGUCUUGCCACGACCACGACGACGACACCACGGCAAGGAGGCACUUGGAAGGCGACGCCCGCGAAGCAGAAACAGACGAUCAGCACGCCUACGCCUACGCCUGCACGUCGGCCCUUUAGCGUUCCGCGACCUCAUAUCUCGCAGACGGGGGCUUCGCCUUCGCCACUGCGGACGACGGCGGCGGCUGGGUCCUUUGUUGCUAGGAGGACACAAGCUCCCGGGCUCGUUGGUGGUAGUAAGAAGAGUGAGAGGGAGGCGGAGGGCAGGGAGGAGAUUCUGCGGCAGGCUGAGCGGAUCCGCGGCGUUGGGAUCGGUACUGUGGGUGGGAAGAGUGCGGGUGAAGGAGGGGAGACGGAUGAGGAGCUUGUCGAGUUGAUUGCCAAGUGGAGGGCGGCGAGCCGGAUUGCGGCGGAGGAGGUGUUUGAGGGGUCGAGGGAGCGGGUUGAGGGGAUGGGAGGGUUGAAGGCUUGGAGGAGGGCGAGGAGGGAGGAUGAGGUGAGGUUUAGGGGCAUGAUGGAGGAGGAGGAGAAGGGUGUUGGGAUUGGGAGGGGUUGUGAGGAGUGGGGGGAGGGUGAUGAUGGUGAGGGUGACGGUGACGGUGAGUGUGAGGGUGAGGAAGAAGAGGAAGAGGAAGAGGAGUUCACGAUGGGGACGAUGCUCCGGAGUAUGAAUAUCGACUUUGAGAUUAUCGGCUAUGAUGAGGAUAUCGGGUGGUGGAGGGACGGGUGAUGCGAAGCGGAUAGCGGAUUUCUUCACUUGCUCGUUUUCUUCUUGCCGUUGUCGUUGGCGAUUAGAGACGAGACGAGGCGGACAUAUCCGUGGUACAUGACGACGACGGGCACACGGGUCACAGACUACGUGACGUCUUCAUACUAGGCUCGAGGGUUUUUGGCUCAUCAGCUCGGGACUCUUUUGGCCGAUUUUUCUUUUCACAUCUCGGAUUAACACAAGCUGCGAGGCGAUGGAAAGCACAGAAAAGAGGAACAUAAGCUGUGUUAGUAUCCUUCCGCGGCCGCAGGUGCUACAGAGAAUAUGCUGCUCGCUUGCUUCCUUCCUUCUUUCCCUUCUUGGUGUUUUACCUACUCUGCAUCUAGCCCUGUUGAUGGAGUCUCUCUUUUUGGG